CGGAGGUGCCUUCAUUCCUUGCCUUAAACGUCAUUUGUCAGUCGUCGUUAGGCUGGUUGGGUUUUUGGGUGCAGCCUAUACAUCUGUGAGUGCGACAACAUUUCUGUAAUUACAUUUCUUUUUCUCGGAUUGAUCCGUUUCAGUGUUAUACGUGCUGAAGUUUUGCUUACUUUUGCUCUGACGCCACCCGGGACCAUUUAACAGUGGCAACUGAAAGUGAAAGCAAGGAAACAAAUCGCUGCUUUUCACCAACAGCUGGUCCGUUAGCAGCGAUAUUUGCAUUCAUGUCCAGGAUCGUAACUUUGCACAUUUGAAGAUGCACCUACAGGUCUGUGUUUUGGUGUCAGUACUGUUGACUGCUGAUGGGUUCAUUGUGCGUGGUCCCUCUGCUCCUCUGGUUGCUCCUCUGGGAACUUCAGUGGUUUUGCCCUGUUAUGUUGAUAAACCUUUACCAAUGAAAGAUCUGGAGGUGGAGUGGAGAAGAGCAGACUCAGAGACUCAUCUGUAUCCCGGUGAGAGUCGACCAGAGGUCCAGCAGCAGGAUUAUCAGGAUAGAGCUCACUUCUUUACUGAUCAGAUUCAACAUGGAAACUUCUCCCUCCGUCUGGACAAUCUGAGAGCUGAGGAUGAGGGAAAUUACACAUGUAAAGUUAACAGUCAGCAGGAUUCUGGAGAGACUGUGGUUCAAAUAAAAAUUUAUAAUGUUGAGCGUCUGCUGGUAUCAGGAUCGAGUCGCUCGAUAUCUGCAUCUGUGGGUGAGGACGUCACUCUGAAUUGGUCUGUCGACUCUCACGUCAAACCUGAACACAUUGAAGAGGUGUCAUGGAGGAAAACAGAUGAAGAUGAAGAUAUUCCGGUUCUGCUCUACCAAAACAAUAAGGCUUUUCCAGCUUCAUCAUAUGAGCAACACAGACACAGAGGUUUCUCUGUUUCACACAUAAUAAUUUUGAUUCUAUGUAUUUCUGCAUCUGGAUCUGCACUUCUGCUGUGCUGUCUGAUCUACUUCAGAUCACAAAAUACAGACUCUGCAACCAAACAUGUCAGGACUCUUGGGUUUCUUCAUGUGUUUCUUCCAAAUGUUAUGAUGUUUGUGGCCUUUCUCCUCUGGGGUCUUACUGAAGGAUUUCUGUAUGAGACGAUCUUUUGCUGUGUUCUUUAUAUCCUGAGGCCUCUGAUGGUGAUAUUUGUUGCACCAUAUUUAAAGAAGAUACCAGAACUCUGUCUUCUCUCGGAAUUUAUCAUUUUAAUGCUGGUCUAUUUUUCAGUUCUUUUCAGUCAUGCUUGGAGAAAUAUCAUAUAUUAUGAAUGGCCUGAAAAAAUUAGAAUAUCCAUGUUUGUAGUCGUGAUUCUGCUCUGUGUCAUCUUCAUAAUUUGCUUAUUUACGGAAAACAUGGAGAUGCCGUGUUGUGGAGAGAUAUGGAAACGGAUAUGGAGAAAAGUAUCUUAUAUAGUUUAUUACAGCUUUUUCAUUCUGCCUACAUUGCAAUUCAUCCUCCUGUUCACUGCUUUUGGAAACGCCCCUGGAGGUUUUAUUGUCAGCAUGAUUUUCCCACUGUUCUUUUUUCUGUCAUUUUCCUGUUUGAGGGGCAUAAACAAAGGGAAAAUCUGUUCAGUUGUGCUCAAUAUAACCUUGUGGUUGAUCGUCAUGUUCAUCAUGACUGCAGUAACGGUGUAUUAUUACAGCACAUCACUGAAACGUGAAAAAGAUGCUGCAGGAUGGACGUGUACGGCUGUAUUUCUGCAACUGCUGUGGAUGAUUGCAAUGUACAUUCGGAGAAAUGAUCUGGAUCUGACUUUCACCUUUCACACCAAAAAGACAUUGUAUGUGUUUGGAUCAGUUGGUGUCGUUUUACUGAACUCUGUUACACUGAUGACUGAACUGAUACUGAAAACGGUCAAUGGUAAGCGUGCAUUUGGAGAUCUGAGAGUCGUCCUCUUCUCCUCUGAAAGCAUAUUUGCUUUUUCUCUGCUGAUUUUGUCCAUGUUUGGACCUUUGAUUUCUGACACCAAAUGUUGGCAGUGUCAGAAAGCAGCGACAACUGAUGACAUUCCAGUCACCGAAUUGAACCAGAGCCAGGAUUCUCAGAAUGCAGAAGCGUCUGAUGAAGCUUCAGCCAGUGGAUCAAACCAGAACCAGAACUCAUCAGCAGAAUCACAUGAAAUGAAUCCUCUACUGAAUCUAGAUCAGGAAGCUGGAAAAACAGAUAAAACCAGCGAGCCGUGCGAGACAAUUUACCAGAUGGAGGAAAAUCAGCCGGAUUCAGUGGAAUCAGAAACAUCAACAAUAAGAGAAGAAGACUCUAUAAAACAAAUAGUUCCGGUCCUUGAUUUCUGAUUGGUUGAGCCACGUUUGUAUUAAAUUACUCAACACACACACACACCUGUGACCGCAUUAUAUCAGUAUUACUGCACAACUGCCGUUUGUGAUGAUAUGUUGCUGCAUGUGUUGCCUUUGCUUGGCGGAGGAAUAUAUGUGUUACAACGUUAUAUUUUUUUGUUGCUGGUGUUUAUUUUAUGAAUGACAAAAUAUAAAAAAUGUAUAUUUUUAUUGAGUAACCGUUUUAUAAAAGCAAUAAGUUGUGCCUGUAACAACUCCCCUUAGCUGUCCUAAAUUAAAGGGAUACUCCAUCCAGAAAUGAAAA